CCGCCUACGCAGUAGGUCGGCCGAUGCUCCGCUCUCUAGUCGCGUAGUAACUCUUUCACAUUUUCGUUUCAAUUUUCGAUUUAGGGUAACGGCAGCUGCUUAAAAUAGAACUUAAAAUGUAGAUAACCCGCUUUCGUGCUUAGUCAUUCGGAGACCCUCGAGCAGACGAGUGAAAACCUAAAAUACCGAAUCGUGUGUGUGUGGUGUUGAGCUUUGUAUUUUUUACGCGGUAAACAUUGGUUUUGUAUUGAACAAGUAGAUUCAGCAAUGCCAGUUCGAAGAGGACACGUCGCUCCACGGACUACAAUCAUCGAGACAAUUAUACGAAAAUUUGACACUCAUAACCGGAGCUUCCUGGUGGCGAACGCGCAGCGGGGGCUAUGCCACAUCAUCUACUGCUCGGACGGCUUCUGCCGCAUGACGGGCUUCAGCAGGGCGGAGGUGAUGCAGCGGCCCGCGUCCUGCGAGUUCCUGCACGGGCCGCUCACCUCGCAGCACGCCGCCCAGGUCGUCCGCGACGCGCUCGCCGUCGGCGCCGAGAAGCACUUCGAGAUCCUCUACUACCGCAAAGACGGCACCAAGUUCCUAUGCAGCCAGGUGAUAGCGCCUAUCAAGAGCGAAGUAGAUGACAUUUGCCUUUACAUUAUUAACUUCGAAGACCUGACUGCCCCACCAGCAGCUGAGGAGGACGUCGUACUGGCCGCCAACACCAAACUCAGCAAGCUGGACCGCGCGCGACAGUCGUUCCGGCAGUCACUGUGGAUGGGGUCGCUACGUGGCCGCGGCCUUCGCCUCGCCGGCUACCUCACGCCGCCCAGCGACGUCACUGCCGAAGACGCUGACGGCGACGAAGAUCACGACCACGAGGCCACCAGGCCGAGUAUAGGUCGGAAGGAGAAGGAGAAGGAGAAAGCGAAGGAGGAGGAGAAAGAGAAAGAGAAGGACAAAGAACGACCGCUGGGCGAGACGCCGGCCGCGCCAAUCGCAUCACCGGAAGCCAUGUCGGAGGAAGCGGUACCAAGCGUGCCGCACGCUACGUCCCUAGACGCCAUCACACGACGCCCUCGCCUGCCGGAGCCGCAGCAGCCACCCGCCAGGAGCGCCACCGUCGCAGGCCCCACAAGAAACCAUGUCUCUAAAGCAUUCCCAAUCACUUCAUCUGAAUCAGAUCUCCAGCGCGUUCGGACGACCACGUCGAUAUGGGAACGAGGUAGUCAUGAUAGGAAAUCACCUUCACUCAGCAAUGUUCCCUCCGACAGUCUGAAGCACAAGUUCUCCAUUCAAGAUAAUGGAUCAGCAAAAUUCUUCCAAGGUGCUCUGCACACUCCAAACAUGGGUGAGAAAGUGGCACAGAUUAAUUUCUCCAGAAUGCUUCAUCAUCAGAAUACAUCUUGGGAGUUACUGUACAAGAGUCAUUAUUGUGUGUAGUUAUGUUGUUAUGUCUGCAUUGAUGAAAUUGUUAGUACAUUUGUUGAAGGUAGUUGAAGUCUAUGUGACACUAAGGUAAUACAUUUCAAAUGUGGAAAUAAAAUAUUUAAGUAUAAAGUAGUUUUCAUUUAUUUCAUUUAUGAGAUUUAUAGUGAGUUAAAUAAAUGAUAGAGUGCAUAAUAUAUACAUAUGCAUGCAUUGCACUUAUUAUGAGAGACACUUUAUGUACUUCAUUGUGAAAAGGAAAUGUAAGAUUGGUAUAGUCUUGCUGCUGUUCAUGAUACUGAAACGGCAAGUCUCAGUGGGCACUUAGACUCAUAAUUUAAAAUUAAGUGCUUAGCAUGUCUGGGCACUGUCACUAAGUUUGUACCUGACUUGUGUAAGGCUUUGCAGAAAUCACUUUGUGUGUGUGUGUGUGUGUGUUUGUGUUUGUGUGUGUGUGUGUGUGUGUG